GGUCCGGCCGCCGUGGCCAUGUUCGUGUCCGAUUUCCGCAAGGAGUUUUACGAGCUGGUCCAGAAUCAGAGGGUCCUUCUCUUCGUGGCCUCGGACGUGGACGCGCUGUGCGCCUGCAAGAUCCUUCAGGCCUUGUUCCAGUGUGACCACGUGCAAUACACACUGGUUCCAGUUUCUGGGUGGCAAGAGCUGGAAACUGCAUUUCUUGAGCAUAAAGAGCAGUUCCGUUACUUUAUCCUCAUAAACUGUGGCGCGAACGUAGACCUGUUGGAUAUCCUGCAGCCCGAGGAAGAUGCCGUAUUCUUCGUGUGUGACACCCACAGGCCGGUCAACGUCGUGAAUGUGUACAAUGACACCCAGAUCAAACUACUAAUCAAACAAGACGAUGACCUUGAAGUUCCCGCCUACGAUGACAUCUUCCGGGAUGACGAGGACGAUGACGAGCAGUCGGGAAACGAAAGUGACGGGUCGGAGCCAGCCGUGAAGCGCACACGGUUAGAGGAGGAAAUAGCGGAGCAAACCAUGAAGAGGCGGCAGCGGCGCGAGUGGGAGGCUCGCAGAAGAGAAAUCCUCUUUGAUUACGAACAGUAUGAAUACUACGGCACUUCGUCGGCCAUGGUGAUGUUCGACUUGGCGUGGGUGAUGUCCAAGGACCUCAGCGACAUGCUGUGGUGGGCCAUCGUUGGACUAACAGACCAGUGGAUUCAAGACAAGAUCACCCAGAUGAAGUACGUGACGGACGUGGGGGCCCUGCAACGCCACGUGUCCCGGCACAGCCACCGCAACGGGGACCCCGAGAGCGCGCUCUCCGUGGACUGCGCGCGCAUCGCCUUCGAGUACGACCUGCGCCUGGCCCUCUACCAGCACUGGUCCCUCUUCGACAGCCUGUGCAACACCUGCUACACGGCAGCCCGCUUCCGGCUCUGGUCCGUGCACGGGCAGAAGCGGCUCCAGGAGUUCCUGGCGGACAUGGGGCUCCCACUCAAGCAGGUGAAGCAGAAGUUCCAGGCCAUGGACAUUUCCUUGAAAGAGAAUUUGCGGGAAAUGAUCGAAGAGUCUGCAAAUAAAUUUGGCAUGAAGGACAUCCGCGUGCAGACCUUCAGCAUCCAUUUUGGGUUCAAGAACAAGUUCCUGGCCAGUGACGUGGUCUUCGCCACCACCUCCCUGAUGGAGAGCCCCGAGAAGGACGGCUCGGCGACGGGUAGCUUCAUCCAGGCCCUGGACAGCCUCUCCAGGAGUAACCUGGACACGCUGUACCACGGCCUGGAGCUCGCCAAGAAGCAGCUGCGCGCCACCCAGCAGAUCAUCGCCAGCUGCCUCUGCACCAACCUCGUCAUCUCCCAGGGCCCUUUCCUGUACUGCGCCCUCAUGGAGGGCACCCCGGACAUCGUCCUGUUCUCCAAGCCGGCGUCCCUGAGCCUGCUCAGCAGGCACCUGCUCCAGUCCUUUGUGUGUUCGACAAAGAACCGGCGCUGCAAGCUGCUGCCCUUGGUGAUGGCCGCGCCGCUGAGCGCCGAGCAGGCCACCCUGACCGUGGUGGGCGUCCCCCCGGAGACCGACAGCUCCGACAGGAAGAACUUCUUUGGAAGGGCGUUCGAGAAGGCCGCGGAGAGCACCGGCUCCCGGACGCUGCACAACCACUUCGACCUGUCGGUGAUCGAGCUGAAAGCAGAGGACCGCAGUAGGUUUCUGGACGCGCUCGUGUCUCUGCUGUCCUGAGGGCCUUGAUUUCUUCAGAACUCAUCUCCUCCUCCUUAUUUAUAUUGCUGGGCUUUUAUUUAGACUGUAAAUUAUGGACUCGGUUUUAGAUGCAGGGAACGUUGGUUUUUAGUGGAAUAAACUGUCCA